GUGCAGUAUUUGUGUGUGUGUGUGGGUCGUUGUGUUGAAUUCUGUGUUUUCUGUGGGGGGUUUUCGCCGGGGAUUUUUCCUCUCCCUCUCCUUUAUCAGGUCAACCUGUGAUCGAACAUUUAAUCCUUAAACCCAAAUCGUCAGUCUGUGCUCUCGGGCUGCUUCUCUCCAGUAUUAUCUCUUUAUCUUCCACACAACACACCAACCAUGAAGCUGCUGCUGUCCUGCAUUCUGCUGACUGUCCCACUGGUCACUGGGUACCGCAGCCCCCUGAAUGACUUCCAGCGCUCUGAGGGCCGAGAGCUGGUUCCUACCGCCUGGAACUCAGCUCGGGUGUUGAUGUUCCUGGGACUGAACCUGGAGGAGUGUGCCACACGCUGCUCUCAGUCACUGGACUGCAGAGCGUUCAACUACGAGACACGUCCCGUCGUCACCUGUAAGCACCUGCCCUGGGUGGGAGACGGCAGCAACGCGGAGGUGAAGAGAAACGUGAACUGUGACCUUUACGAGAAGAAGGUGUACGUCAGGAAGUGCAUCGUGGCAAAAGGAGAAGACUACCGGGGGAAAGUGUUCACCACAAAGAGUGGUCUCACCUGCCAACAGUGGUGGUCCAAGUUUCCUCAUGACCACAGGUGGACUCCCACAACUGCAAAUGGCCUGGAGCUGAACUACUGCAGGAAUCCAGACGGGGAUCGAAUCGGUCCGUGGUGCUACACCACAGAUCCUGAGCGACGCUAUGAAGGCUGCAACAUUCCCCAGUGCAAGGAUGAGGUUUGCAUCACAUGUAACGGAGAGGACUACAGAGGGCAGGUCGACCACACUGUGAACGGCAGAGAGUGUCAGCGAUGGGACCAGCAGUAUCCUCACCAACACAUCUACCAGCCGGAAAAGUAUCCUGAUAAAAGUUUAGAUGAUAACUACUGUCGUAACCCUGAUGCCUCCCCGGAGCCCUGGUGUUACACCACAGACCCUGAGGUGGAGAGAGAGAACUGCGAGAUCAGCAAGUGCACUGAAGUUCGUGUUGAGAAACGUCAGCGCUCCAGCUUCACCACCAACUGUUUCCGCGGCCGAGGCGAGGAUUACCGGGGUAAAGUCAACGAGACGACGUCGGGUAUCUCCUGCCAGAGGUGGGAUGCUCAGCAUCCUCACGAGCAUCCCUUCUACCCAAACACAUAUGAGUGCAAGGGCUUGGAGGAGAACUACUGUCGGAACCCAGAUGGGUCGGAGGCUCCCUGGUGCUUCACAUCUGUGCCAGAGAUGAGGACGGCGCUCUGCUUACAGAUCAAACGCUGUGCCGAUGACAUAGAAGCCGAGGAUUGCUACCACGAAAAUGGAAAAAACUACAGAGGAAUGGUUCGUAAGACCCGCAAGGGAAUCACCUGCCAGAAAUGGAACGUUAAUACACCUCACCGGACCAAGAUAAACACAAGGACACAUCCUGAGGCCAAUCUGACAGAGAAUUACUGUCGUAACCCAGAUGGGGACCAGCAUGGACCCUGGUGCUACACCACUGACCCCAAAACUGAGUUUGACUACUGUGCCAUUAAACAGUGUGCUGGAGAGAAAGUGUCCCUGACUGAUCCAGAAGAGGAGGUUGAGUUUAGUGAGUGUGGAAAGAGAGAGGACCGUGCCCAGAGUAGCAGGCUGCGUAUCGUGAACGGGGUUCCUGGAAACUCGCCAUGGACAGUGAGCCUCAGAGACAGGAAAGGAAACCAUUUCUGUGGAGGAUCCUUGGUUGACUCCAGAUGGGUGAUCAGCACCAAGCAGUGCUUCUCCUCUUGCUACGUAGACCUGCCUGGUUACUCGGCCAUGAUGGGAACACUGUUUCGCGAUCCACAAGAAGGAGAGCCCGGCGUGCAAACCAUCCCUCUCACCAAGAUCGUCUGUGGACCCUCUGAAUCUCAGCUGGUCAUGCUACAACUGGAAUAUCCUGCCCAGUUUAAUGAGCGUGUCUCGCAGAUCUGCCUCCCUCCUGAGCGCUACAUUGUGGCUGAGGGGACAACCUGUGAGAUCGCAGGAUGGGGUGAGACAAAAGGGACUGGAGAUUCGACCGUACUCAACGUGGCCCACAUACCAGUUCUUAGCAACAGGGAAUGCAACCAGUACUUCAGAGGUCGUGUUCGUGAGAAUGAGAUGUGCACAAGCUCGUUCCAGGGUGGAGUAGGUGCCUGUGAGAGAGACUACGGCGGCCCUUUGGCGUGUCAAAACAGUGACUGCUGGGUACUCGAGGGUGUGAUCAUCCCCAUGAGGCGCUGCGGACACCGGGGCCAGCCCAACAUCUUCAUUCGUGUCUCCGUCUACGUUGACUGGAUCAAGAAGGUCAUGGAGAUGGCGUAAGACUCAGAUACUGACGUCCAAUAAGAAACUUAACCAAUCCAUUUUCAACCUGGAGCAGUUUUGUUCUGUUGCCCAUUUACACUUUUUCUUCUCAGUUAUUUCUUUUACAAUUAAAACUAUAAAUAAUACAUCGAAAUGCAUCAUCACAUUUGUUCACAUCAGUUUUUCUUUGCAUGGGAUUUAACUUUAAUUAUUGUUUUGAUAAAAAGUUGUAGAAAACAUUGCAGAAAGUCAAGCUCCAAGUAGAUUUUUAUGUACAUUUACAUUAAGUUAAUUCCUUUAACUAGAGCAAAUAACAUUAGGUGCAUCAGCAGAGUCAUUUAAAUUCAUGAGCUGUCUGUUGUAUGCAGCCAAAGAUCUGCAAGACAGAACAAACCCAAAACAUUUAUAUUUCAAAAGCACAAUCAUGUAAGCAUGAGGAGUCGAGCAGAGAUGAUUGAGUAUAAAAUGUGUCAGAAAAGGCAAAAGAAUAAAAACAAAAUCAAAAAGCCACUGAGGUGCCUGAGGAGUUAAUGUUAUGCAGGAAAGAAGUCCAUUGUCCAGGCAGGCGUCACAUUAAGUGGGCGUUACGUUAAAAUUUUUGCAAACAAACAAACCAAACUACCCAUACAUAUUUAAUCACCUGGUGCCCAGUACCUUCAAAACAAAAGCAUAAACUACCAAAAAUAACUAAAAUUACAAUCAUUGUAAAGGCAUAAUCUGACUAGUUCUAUUAAACAAAACAAAGAACUAAAUAAACACCAUCAAACACAAGAGAAAACAGUAGAUAGCUCCAACAAAAUGCAUGUGAGGUUAUUCAAAUGUAUCUUCAUUUCAACAACCCUGAUUAAACCGCAUGUUAACAUUUAAAAAGUGUUUUUACUCACUAUAUUUGAGCUGCAAGCUCUUUUGCAGUGUACAGUAUUUAUCAGAAAGCAUUGGCUAGGAAAACCUGUUUUCUGUGAUUACAAUGUUGUUUUACCAUAUAGUCAUUAAUGAUUUGUUUAUACACCAACCUUUACUGAUGCGUGCCCACAGCAGGAGUUGCUUUAAUACAUUACAUCUGCUCACAAUCAAAUUAUAGUCUUUAGACAAUUUAUUAAAUGUUUACAUGCGGCCCGUAAAUGCUUUAAUUGCCACAUUUUUUUAUUUCUUCGCCAUAAACGAGAACGAUUUGAGGAUCAAGACUAAUUGUAGCCCCUCAGGUCCAGAGGAUAAUGACAGGAGCUGAUAAUAGAGGAGGUGUGCAGGGUUUUCAGAACAAUUUUUAAGUCCCUAACAUCCCGUAGAAAUGCACCCUUUACCACAAAACUGUACGCCUCCCCUCCCUCUCCCUUGGCAGUGAAUGGAGCUCCAAAAUACCUUCUUUGCCCCCAGCCUCUAAAAGAAAUCCCUCCUCUGCCUUGUCUUUUGAUGCCUGCCCCCACCUCUAAAGACAUGCCUUUGUGCCUUAUGCAGAACUGUAUGCGCUGCACAUUCUUUCUAGUUCUAUAGGAGGAUUUUUGUAACCCGGUCCUGAUGAGCCCACGGAAUUCAGCUUAAAUAAACCUCAAGAUCAGAGUCCAACCGAAUCUCAGACACACCAGCCUGCAGAAGGCCACUGAACUCUCUCUCUCUGUCUGACGCACACACAUUCGCACAAUUUUCUCUAAUGCAAACCUCCCACCCCGUUCUCUCUUACUUCCCAUUAUAUUUCUCCCUUUCUUUGUCUUUGUAAUUUUCACACUGUCUCUUUUCUUUUGUCGUGAAUAAGAAGAAAAGUUUUUGCAGGGAUGGGAACUAAUAACACCAAAGUGUCCACCAUGUUCUCAGCUCAUAAUGAUGGGCUAUUAUCUCCCUGCGCUUUAUGGCAUUUGUAAAUGACAGUUAAUAUUUUUAAUCAUCAUUCUGUUCAGCAUUUUCAUUUAGUAAUAUUUCUAGUGGAUGACUAAUCAAAUCCAUAUAUGACUGCUUGUUCUCAGCAACGGUUGCACAAAGGCUUCUGGGAAAGGCUGACUGAAAUCUUUGUAAUAAGUGCAGCUUCAAGAAUAUGCAAAUGUUUUCUUUGUCCUUACCUCAGCCAACGGAGGUUUUGUUUUCACCCCGUGUGUUUCUUUGUUGGUUGUUUGUAUUAAAGAUAACACACAAUAAACAACUAAACAGAUUACACAACUUGGUGAAAGGAUGUGGUAUGAGUCAGGGAAGAAACUAUUACAUUUUGGUGCAGAUCCAGGAAUUUUUGUCACUUUUUUGACAUGAUGGAUCAUGGUGUUUUAAAACGAAGAAAAUAAAAUUCAGCCACAUUUAGGGAA